CAACAACAGCUGUUCAUCCAUGCGAUGAAUUAAUACAAAAAAAAAGAAGAGAUAGUUCUGGAAUUUCGUAGUUUUAAUUAAUUUUAAAAGCAGAUUUAGCAAAGCAAAGCAGCCAAUAUGUCGGACUGGGACUCUGUGACCGUUUUGCGGAAGAAGGCACCCAAAUCGUCGACCCUGAAGACGGAAUCGGCGGUGAAUCAGGCGCGGCGUCAAGGAGUCGCCGUGGACACGCAACAGAAAUAUGGUGCUGGCACCAAUAAGCAGCAUGUGACCACCAAGAACACUGCCAAGUUGGACCGCGAAACCGAGGAGCUGCGCCACGACAAGAUCCCCCUCGACGUGGGCAAGCUCAUCCAGCAGGGACGCCAGGGCAAGGGGCUCAGCCAGAAGGAUCUGGCCACCAAGAUCUGCGAGAAGCAGCAGGUGGUCACGGACUACGAGGCAGGACGCGGCAUACCAAACAAUCUGAUUCUGGGCAAGAUGGAGCGUGUCCUGGGCAUGAAGCUGCGCGGCAAGGAGCGCGGCCAGCCACUGGUGCCUCCCGGUAAGAAGUGAGACGAUGCUGCCGCGUCUGCCGCCGUAGCCAGUGGCAGUAGGAGCCACCAACACCAGGACUCUGGAGGCUGGAGCACUGUGAGCGGCAGACGCAAAUGAAGCAUUAUCGGGAGGCUGGAGAACCAAAUCAAAUCGGGUACUACAGCAGCAGCACAGAAACAUAGAACCGAAGAUCUAAUCACCACUAUGAGCGCAACUCUUUGUCCAAGCAAAAUGGUUUGCUUGCCAAUCUUUUUACCGAUAAAUUAACCAUUGUAAUUACCCAAAAUACACACCCACACACACUACACACAACAAGGAAACGCAACACUAUCUGAUAUUAACGCGCUCAUAGCUUGGACAUGUGUUACCUUCGUUCAUUUUGGCAUUAGAGUUUGUUUUGAAACUUGAUCUAAGUUAUGCAAUUAAAACCAAGACAUGAAAAGCAUGGAAAACA